AGGACUGGAGAGUGAUUUGGGCUGUUUGAACUUGAGUGAGAACCACCAGCCGGGAGCCCGGGAUUCGCACCCGAAAGCGUUGGAGAGGAUGUCGGGAGAAAGCUGACAUCCUUGCCUGACCUCUGGCUUCUUCCAGUCUGUCCCCAAAGACUCUAUAGCAACCCUCCCCCACUACACCCGCCCCCCCACUCCUGUUGGUUUGCAACGACGCGAGAUGGGCUUGGGGUCGCGCCCUCUGGUUUCUCCCUCGGGACGUUGUUCCUGGGCGGUUAGGAACUGUUGAGAGCGGUUCUCCCAGGCUAGCCCCUCUUUCACAUUGAAAACAGGGAUACCAGCCUGGUUUGGGCCGUCCUAAACUUGAAGGUAGAUUUCUUAGUGGCCAACCAGAACCAUGGACAGCUCGGCAAAAGGAAAUAAAAAAGAUGCGCAAGAUGGACCACCCAAAGAUACGAAGCUGCCUACCAGCGAAGCACUUCUGGACUACCAUCGUGAAAUAAAGGAGAAUGCAGUGGAACGAUUCAUGUUUCAGAUCAAGAAGCUGAGGGACAGGAACCAAAGGUACCAAGACAGGAAUAGACGCCUCAAAGAAGAACAGAAAUGGCACAUAAAGAACCUCCUGAAAGAGCUGACUGAGGAGAAGUCAGAGGGAGCCCCGAUCGUGACAAGGGAGGACGUCGAGGAAGCAAUGAAGGAAAAAUGGGAGUUUGAAAGAAACCAGGAGAAAAACUUGAAAGAAAUGCGCUUACAAAUAAAUGAUGCUGAGAAGCUGUUUCUUGAGAAACUCAGUGAAAAGGAGUAUUGGGAAGAGUACAAGAAUUCAGGGAGUGCUCAGCACGCUCAACUCAUUGUUUCCUUACAAAAUGACAUCGAAACAGUCAAAGAAAAUGCCGAGAAAAUGUCAGAACAGUAUAAAAUCACUCUGGAAGAUACUAGAAAAAGAAUAAUCAGAGAAACCCUGAUACAACUAGACCUAAGGAAGGAAUGGGCCACACAGAAUGCCGUGAGGUUCAUUGACAAGGGCAACUACCGAGAGAUCUGGGAGAAUGACUGGCUAAAAAAAGAAAUUUCGACUCAUAGGAAGGAAGUUGAAAGACUGGAAAGUUGUGUUCAACAACUAGAAGAGGAAAAUUUGGUGCUUAUUGACCAGCUGUUUAACUGUAGACUUUUGGAUCUCAAAAUACCCAGGAAACUGUAUCUUACUCAAGCUGUUGGGCAGCAAGUGCCACCUGAAGAUGUGUCUUUGAAGUUGCCAGAGAUAGACAUAGAGGAGAAUCUGAACUCACCCACUGAGGCAGAGGGUGGAGACGCAUUGAACCUCUCCCCAGGGAGCAGCCAUGAGGCUAGCAGUCCAGAAGUCCACUUCACAGAGAUAGAAAGAGAGGACAGCUCAUCCACGGAGGUGGAGUGCCCUAUCAUCCAUCAUUUGCUGCAUGAGGAUGAACAGGACUUCAAGGUGAGAGUCAGAAGAACAGAGUUCUCACUAGGAUGUCAGUGACUCUAGGGCCGCCAG